AUGAAGUUUUUCAAAACCACAUUGAUUUUCUGGAUCUUUGUGCUGAAUAUCAGGGACUCCAAGUCUUCAAAGUUCAAACCCAAACCGCUGCCAGUCGGUCCAAACGUGGGAUACUUGGGCCAGGUCGCAUGUACACCUAACGGUAAAGUUCAGAACCCCCGCGGCCUGUUUUUCCUAUUAAAGGAGGGCAGCGAUGCCCUUGGAGACAUUGUAGACUGGGAGCCCGUAUUCAUCGAUAUUGAACAAGGCCAAUUCUCAACCUGGCGCGGUGUUCCCGCCGAUCCUGAGCGUUACGUGUGCGGCGGCCAUUUCUUUGUGCUUGGGGUGGACAAGCCUACGGCGGAGCAGACGGCUAGUAUCAGAGCCAUCCGCAAGGACCUCGUUUCGGAACGUCAGCCGCAGCGUCUUGUCUGGGAGAUCCGCCUACCCAAGGCGAAACUGAGCAUUUGGGAUAUGGAAGUUACGGACCACCUCCAUGUCGUACCAUGCGCGUUCAUAUCGACGGUAUCAGAUUCUGUUGAGGAGUUGGAGAUACCUGUGGUCCGCUUUGACGCGUAG